CAAAUAUAUCAAAUGUCAGACUAGCUGUCAAAACAUAACCUACAACUUGUAGGCUAGAAGAUGUCAGACGACGCUUUAUUUGAUUUUUUGCACUCAGAAAUUGUAAAUUACGUUUUGGAAAGAAACCAGUCGCAAAAUAAAGACGCCAAGGAUGAAGACCUGUCAAAUAUUGAAUACAUUGGUUUUUCUACUGGAUAUAGGAUGAUAGAAAGACUAACAAAAGAAAUGCCUAGAUUCAAAGACGAGCUUGAAACAAUGAAAUUCAUAUGCACUGACUUUUGGUCAGCAAUAUACAAAAAACAAAUAGACAACCUGCGAACGAAUCAUCAAGGGGUGUACGUUCUUCAAGAUAACGCCUUUAAAUUUCUCACAAGACUUUCUAGUGGUAAGCAAUACUUGGAAGUUGCACCUCGUUACGUUUCUUUUACCUGUGGAAUUAUUAGAGGGAGUUUGGCAAAUUUAAAUAUUAAUUGUUUGGUUACUGCUGAAGUACAAAAUAUGCCAUCUUGUAAGUUUCAUAUUCAAGUGCAAAGGACUUAAUUUACCUAUAGAUCAUUCCAAUAUUUUCUUUAUUGUAAGAUUACUGUUUUAUAAGCUAUUAUUUAUUUUAAAUAUGUUUAUUAUUGGUUUUAAUUACUCAAUAUAAGUGUUUAAAAAG